AUGUCCGGAGAGAGAAACCGCAGGUCGCUGGCUUUCCGAGGGGGUGGAUUAGCCACAACCGGUCCCAGCGGUAGCGGAGGCAGCAACAGUAACAGCUGGGAGGCCCAGGCUUGCCAGGACCGACAUUUGAACGGGAACAGGCCAGAUCAAGACGAGGAUAAGGUUCUGGGGGCGAAAGGACCAUCGCUUGUGAAAGUAGAGGGUGGGGGGUCCGUCAGCGAUAGCACAGAACCAGAGGCGGAGGAGGAAGAGGACCCGGAAGGGGGCAACUCGCUAGCUGGAGACGGCGGAGAAGACCGGGUCGGUUGGACGACAGUGACUGUCGGAGAAGACGGGUCCAGGGAAAGUGGCAUUUGGACACAGGGGAACGGUCUGAACACGGAGGAUCGCACUGGCUUAGGGAGCGGAGGCACGGGAUCCGAGGACGAUAAAGGCGAAGCCGGGAGCGGGGGAGAUACGGAGGAAACGGGUGUCAGGAAACCUUGGGUCGAAAUGAGACCGCAAACGCUGCUUCAGAAACACUCGCUAUUCCAAGCCUCCUGGUUACAGGAGUUUCCAUGGCUAAAAUUUUGCCAAGAGACGGGACUCAUGUCCUGUUCCUGGUGUCACAACAUUGCCACUAACAACAACGAUGACCUGGUCAAAGGCAGUCGGAAUUACAAGCGGGCCUUGCUUCUGAGACAUCACCUGUCCUCGGAACACGGGAGGAAUGACCCGACGCGACAGGCGAGCCCCCACGACCCCCCUUACUCUGGCCGAGAUGCAUUGUGGGGAAAGUCGUUGCCAUUCGACCUCUGCGGGGCCUGUUCUGGGGGCGAAAGGACCAUCGCUUGUGAAAGUAGAGGGUGGGGGUCCGUCAGCGAUAGCACAGAACCAGAGGCGGAGGAGGAAGAGGACCCGGAAGGGGGCAACUCGCUAGCUGGAGACGGCGGAGAAGACCGGGUCGGUUGGACGACAGUGACUGUCGGAGAAGACGGGUCCAGGGAAAGUGGCAUUUGGACACAGGGGAACGGUCUGAACACGGAGGAUCGCACUGGCUUAGGGAGCGGAGGCACGGGAUCUGAGGACGAUAAAGGCGAAGCCGGGAGCGGGGGAGAUACGGAGGAAACGGGUGUCAGGAAACCUUGGGUCGAAAUGAGACCGCAAACGCUGCUUCAGAAACACUCGCUAUUCCAAGCCUCCUGGUUACAGGAGUUUCCAUGGCUAAAAUUUUGCCAAGAGACGGGACUCAUGUCCUGUUCCUGGUGUCACAACAUUGCCACUAACAACAACGAUGACCUGGUCAAAGGCAGUCGGAAUUACAAGCGGGCCUUGCUUCUGAGACAUCACCUGUCCUCGGAACACGGGAGGAAUGACCCGACGCGACAGGAGCCGGAGCGUCUGGAGACACCGGAGGAGGCGGAUCUGGAGGACUACCGGAACAAGCCCAACGAGAACUCCUACUGCUACCAGCUGCUGCAGGAGCUGGACAAGCAGCGCAAGGGCGGCAUCCUCUGCGACGUCAACAUCGUGGUCAGCGGCCAGGUCUUCCGCGCGCACAAGAACAUCCUGGUGGCCGGGAGCCGCUACUUCAAGACCCUCUUCUGCCUGACCAAGAGCGAGGCGGGGGUGGGCGGCGGGAGCGACGAGCAGGCCGCCAUCACGCACCUGGACGUGGCGGCCGUGCAGGGCUUCUCCGUCCUCCUGGACUUCCUCUACUCCGGGAACCUGCUGCUGACCAGCCAGAACGCCAUCGAGGUCAUGUCCGUGGCCAGCUACCUGCAGAUGACCGAGGUGGUCCACUCGUGUCGGGCGUUCAUCAAGGACGCCCUGAACAUCAGCAUCAAGCAGGAGGCCCCCGACUCCGUGGUGGUGGACUACAACAAGCGCCGCACGGUGUCCAGGGACGGAACCAUCACCACGACCACCCUGGGCUCCUCCUCCUCCGACAAGAAGCACAGCAACUUCUGGGCCACCAGCAUCCUGUCCAAGCUGUCAAUCAAAGCCAGCACCCACCACCACGUGAAGGAGGAGCCUAGCGACGCCAGCGAGAUGUCGGCCAAUGACAGCUGCGCGCCGGGAGGCGGGGACACGCCGGAGUCCGCGGAGGAGGUGGAGCCCGGCGGGGCCGGCGGCGCCGGGCCGGUGUUCGUCUGGAACGAGCCGGCGUUGGCCACGGGCGUCAGCGUGAAGCCGCGGUCCGAGCCGGGCAGCGGCCGCAGGAAGAGGCAGACCACGCGGCGCUUCGUGUACAACAUCCCGCCCGAGCCGGAGGAGGGGGGCUUCGACGAGGGCAUGUUCAUCCAGCCGUCCGCAUCCUACACGCGGGAGGACUUUUCCUUCCUGUCCGACAACGCCGGUGAGUCGUCGGACGUGGCCCUGAAUAAGCUGAAGUGUCCUCACUGUAACUACAUCGCCAAGCACCGGCGCACACUCAAGCGCCACCUCAUCAUCCACUCAGGCGUGCGCUCCUUCAGCUGCGACAUCUGCGGCAAGCUCUUCACACGCCGAGAGCACGUCAAGAGACAUUCCCUGGUGCAUAAGAAGGAUAAGAAGUACAAGUGUAUGGUGUGCAAGAAGAUCUUCAUGCUGGCGGCGAGCGUAGGCAUCCGGCACGGCUCACGGCGCUACGGCGUGUGUGUGGACUGCGCCGACUCCCACCAGGCGUCCCAGGAGGCCAUGCAGGAGCUGGAGCUCUCCCGCGGCGACGACGACGACUUUGAGGGCGACGAUGACAUGAUGGCCGAGGACGGCGACGAGCCCACUGAUGGCGACCACGACAACGGUGACCACGACAACGGUGACCACGACAACGACCAACUUCACUGGGAUGCGGAGGCGACCCAGACACCAGACGACGACUAACACUCAGAGACGUUGCUACGGCGCGACGUAACGAUUUUUAUGUCAUUACAACGCUGCGAUGAUGUAAAAUACGCAAAGCAAAACAAGAUUUAGGACGUACAAAGUUUUUAACUAAGAAAAUAAACAAAGAUUUAUAUAUGAAAAAAACAAAAAAACUAAACUAAUAGCUGGGAAACAAUCAACAACUCCAAAGUGCUAUCCAAUCCUCCUGGUUUGCUAUGGUUAUGCGUGAGACAAAGAAAGAAAAAAAAACGGAAACCUAAAGCUUUUGGUAGUGAGGGACUCCAAGAUGUACAGAUAUAUAAACUAGUGGACCCCGGGCCUUGUGCCGAGGGGCGAAACGGAAGAGAUGAUCUUUGAAAUCAGGUGUUUUUGUUCUUCUUCCUGGUGUUGUCUUUUUAUUUCUAGCGGUUGACAGUGUACAGCGUUUUAAGUUACGAUAGGCCAAUCAUCUUAAAAAGAAAUGUUAAUUAUUUAAUUUAUGAAGAAAAGAAAAAAAAGUUUUUAAUGGUCUUACUGAAUGAGAUGUAAUUGUUUUUCUUGUUGUUUUGUGUCUGCUGUCCGAAGUUCCGUUUCAUUUUUGGACCUGUGUCGAAUCUGAACAUCUAUUUCUUUGAUAAAUUUCUAUAGCGAAAGAGUGAAAGAGAGCGAGAGAGACAGACAGAAAAAAAACGGAGUGUGCGAGACAGAGAGAUUACGUAAGAAUUAUGGAUCUAUUGCCAACAGGAAGAUUGUAUAUUUUUUUCUUCGGUUGAAGGCGUUUAGCUGUCCUGAGAGAAAAUUCAGAUUAUUUUAUAUUCCUUUUAUUAUUAUUAUGAUGAUGAUGAUGAUUCUAACUAUUCUUCUUGUUUUGAUUUCUCCCUUGCACACGUCUUGGAACCAAACCUCUGUUUCGUGACUGAUGCAGCACAGCCGUAUUUAUGCAUUAAGUUAUGUAGGCUGUGCCACUGUGCCAAGCAGACCGCACACCAAGACAGUGCAGGACACACACACACACACACACUCACACACACAUAAACACACACACACACACACACGAAACUACUGAACCAUGCUGAGAGAGAAACAUAAAGCGAAAGAAUAACGAGAGAGAAAUAAAUGAUAAAAAAAAAAAAAACAUUUUAUAUAUUAAAAAAAAAAAGUAAAAGUUUAAGAAAAGACUAAAGAUUUUAAGGGGAAUUACUAUUGCUAGCUUUAUACGACUCACGGCGUCACAGUAACACUUUAUAGAGCAUUUUGACAUUCACUUAAAGCUUGAAUUUUUUGCCAAAUGACUGAAACAUUUGGUGCUGUAAUGCUUAUGUUGAGAUACUGGACCUACAAGCUGUAUAUGAUGUUAAUAAUCAACAGCCUGGAGCGGGCUUGGCCCCGGGUUCGGCCUGUUCCCGGGUCAGGUUCGUCCCGGUGUCGGCUCCCAUCCGGGCCGCCUCUUUUGACUCAGAUAUGCUAACCUGCUCUUUAUAUAACACUGUUGUGCUUUCAGAGCCUAUCAGGUAUGCUUUGCCAUCGUAUUUUCUGUUUUUUAUUUAAUGUACUCUCACAAAUACACACACACACACACAAACACACAAUCCCAGACUCAAACCCGUGUUUAUCCAGUACCGGCAGUAGAUGUGAGCGAAACGGACUCUGGACUUUCCUGAGCUGGUUGCGUUUGGUACGGAGCUGAAGGGGCCUCACUUGAACGUCAUGUGUAACGUGUUUUGUAGAAUGCACAAUCAAUCAGGAUAUAUGAAGUUAUUUGCUUCGCAUAUUUUUUUCCAAAAAAAAAAAAGAAAAGACAAAAGACUCCCAAAUUCCAUUGUUUUUUGCUUUGUUUGUUUGUUGGUUGGUAUGUGGGAUGCGUACAUUUACAAUCAGUCUAUUUAAUUUGAUGGCCAUGCUUGUUUAUUUGUUUAUUUGUCUGUCUGUUGUUUGUUUGUUUGUUUGUUUGUUUGUUUGUUUGUUUUGAAAUGGCGGGUCUGCAGGGUAGCUGAGCUGGGCGCAGCUGUAUGAGAAGUCAGAGACGCACUUAGCGCUCGGCCGGCUACUCCCGUUUCCCCAAAGCAGGUCUGGAUGGAAAUAAAACGAAAGAAAAUCCCCCUCCUCUUCCUUCUACUCUUUAAAGAACGAUUCCACGCAGACCCCUUUUUUAUUUGUCUUUGUUUGGUUUUUUUUUUUUCAGACAUUUCAUUAUUUAAUAUUAUUAUAUAUUGACUCCAAAAAUGCAAUCAAGACUGUUAAUUUUUUUUUUUUGUUCUACCAAAAUUGUUGUUUAAUAAUUAUUGUUGAACUAAUGUAUAAGAAAACCAGGUUUGAAAGACUAUUUAGUGUAGAUCCUUGCUUGUGUAUGUAAUUGUCAGAUUUAAAUGUUUUUAUUCAAAGAAAGAAAAUCAUUCACUUUACCCUAGAUGCAUAUAAUGUUUUAUUUGUCCUUUCUAUAACGUCUGUCUGUUCUCUUCUUUUUUUUAUUUCAUGAAGCACAUAUUUUAUAAAGCUCUCUGGUAUGUGGGGUUCAGCCUAGAAGCAGCAGUCUUUGUCUGUGUAUGCAGUGAAAGCAGCAUCAGUGUGUCUCUGUGUAUGCAGUGGAGCUGCAGUCUCUCUCUGUAAAUGCAGUGGAGCUGCAGUCUCUCUCUGUAAAUGCAGUGAAUCUGCAGUCUCUGUCUGUAAAUGCAGUGAAGAAGCCUGUCUCUCUCUGUAAAUGCAGUGAAUCUGCAGUCUCUCUCUGUAAAUGCAGUGAAUCUGCAGUCUCUCUCUGUAAAUGCAGUGAAUCUACUGAAGUGAUGCAGAAAUGUCCUAUGACUUUUCCCUUUACUCCAAAUGAAAGUGUAUUUUAAAAAGCUGUAUAGAAGAUUCUCAUCUUGUGUGUUUAUUAAUAUUAUUAUUAUUUCCCUAUGGAAUCACUGUGGGAGGGAUAUAUAAGUAUAUAUAUAUAUGUGAAAGUAUAUGAGAGAGGUGUAUAUAUAUAUAUAAAUAUAUAUAUAUAUAUAUUUAACUAGUUAACAUAGGCAAUGGAAGUGGCUGCGGUUCCUCCUGGUUUAAGAGCCCUGGUCUGGUCUGGUUCUGGUUCCUCCUGGUUUAAGAGCCCUGGUCUGGUCUGGUUCUGGUUCCUCCUGGUUUAAGAGCCCUGGUCUGGUCUUGUCCUCAUCCACAUCCUUCCAUUUCUCCAUUUCUCCGUUUGCUCACACACUUCACACUCACGCCAUCCUUUCUGUUGUUGUUUGUUUUUUCUGUUUGUUUUUUUUUCCACUUGAACUUGUUUUGUUUUGUAUAUCCGCCGAGCACCGGUGAUUCAGCUCUCUAUAUUUUAUGCUGUAAACGGACAAAAACGGACUAAAAAGAAAAAAAAAAAAACAACAUAAAGCAAAAACUAAAGUACACUACAGAUGAAGGUUUUUUUUUCCAGCUGUAUUUUUUACGCUGUUUUAAAGAUAUAUUUUUCAAACUUCAAACAGUGAUGCAAUGCGGGGCCUCCCGUCGGGAGCCUCGCGCCAAACAGCAAAAUCAGGUUGCUCUUUUUACGUUUUCAAAGUUUUCAGAGAUAAAUACAUUCUCCUUUUUCUGUUCUCAAAUUGUACUACUGUUCCUCUAUAAUUUUAAAAUAAAAACUUUGAUAUUGCUCAAGUAUAAAA